CUGCAGCCACUUUCUUUUAGUCUAUUCUUUCACUUCAUUUUCUUCUAUGUUUAUUGAUGGGAUUCAAAAUUAUGGCAGCUCAUGUUUAGCAAGUUUAAACUUCCUUGGAAAUGGGGUCUGCAGAUUUUUGUUCCUUCUCUUCUUCCCUCUAUAAAUUAAAUUGGCUUUGCUUCUGCUGAGCCACAGGCUGUUUCUGGGUUCUGCAGAUUGUCCUUCUUUGACUGAUUCGAAGAAUUAAUGGGUGAUGUCUAUAUUGAAAAUGAAAUAUCUGAAAUGCCUCUCGCAGUUGACACUACCAUUACACGGUUUACAAUUUGCUUGGAGAUUGGCAAUUUCUUGUUGGAGAAGUUCUGUCGUGCACGUUAGAUGUGCUCAUCUUCGAAUUUGUAGGUUCUCAUGGUUGAGCUUCAUUUUUGCAUUUUUCAACCUGGCAUCUCGAAUACAGAAAACAUUGCAAGGUUCAUCUGACGAUAUUGGAUGGUUGCCGCCCGCUCCUGGCAUGCCUGGUGUGGAGGAUGGUACAGCAAGAUUCUUGGAAUUGCUUGCAGGAAUAAGGAAUGGGGAGCACACAUUGCCUAGCUCAUUUGUCUAUCUGCAUAUUCCGGGCCUCUUUAGCAAUCACGGCCCCUUAUACUUUGUUGGAACAAAGAAAUUCUUUUCGAAGAUGGGUCUAGCUUGCCAUAUUGCAAAAAUUCACAGUGAGGUAAUGAAAUUCUUGGGUUGA